AUGUGUCGUGUCAUAGCGACGCAAAAGGGCAGACCGGGGAAUGGUGAUCUAAAAGCUCUAAAGGGGAAACUGAGCAGAGGAAAGCCAAGGUUCCGUCCCCCACAUUGGCGAGCCGUAGUCUCUAGUACGGCGGGGGUGUCAUGUAAUCGUGGGGGUCAUGAGCGGCUGUGCAUCUCUCGUACCACCUCCUGCUGCAGGGCCGGGCCGGAGGGGAAAUCAGACCCGCGGGGACCCUGCGGGCCCUGCAAUAUGCCAAAGGGGUCGCGCACGCGUGCAGGUGUACCACGCGGUUACAGUAGGGCGCACGUCGGGCCCAAGCACCCCCGGGGGUUCCCUGUCAUGUACGGCGGACGAAUUCAGGGUCCCGGGUUUAACGCCCUGAAGCGUGCCGGAGGAGGGGACCCCCCAGGCUCAAAAACGCCCAAGGAUGGGCCGGAGCGCAGGCCCCCAUCUCCUCCCUCUGGCUCCAACGGCCGGCCCCCUCCCCAACUCCCCCCGGAUCCCUUCGCUCCCCGUCGAUCCCCUCCAAAAUUUUCCUUUUCUGAUUUCAUGAAGCACGAAGGUUUGAGUCUGCUACAGAAAGGUUUAAAUCCUUGUCCCCAGCAGUUAAAAUUAAAGCAUAACACAGUGGAAGAGCUCCCUUUGUGCGAAAAGGCCCCGGGGUUGCGCCGGCCCCGCCUCUCUCAGUCGACAGCGUGGUACUGGGGGCAUCCCGGGGACAAGCUGGGUUUACCAUCAAUUGGGUUUAACUACAUUUUGCUGCUCCCUCCUAUCUGGAACAUAUCGUGGGGCAGGGACGAAACCCCCCGCUACCCCCCAAAAACUGGAAAUCUAUCAGAGGUUUUUGGUCUGUCUGCAAUUGACCUGGGGCCUUGGGGUUUUGGGAACGCUGCUCUACAAGAAGGGGAUACCGGCCUCUACCGUCAGCCGUGGUGGGGUACACCGACCCCAAUUUCUGGGUUCAGUAUGCAGAAUCAAAAAACGCGCUUCUUCGAUGGUUUUUUCUACCGCAUACAAACUCAUCGUCAAACCACCAAAGGAGCAGAACGCAUCGCCGACGCCUGUCCCGAAGCUUCCCAAAGUCUACAGAGACUAGCCACGACCUCCCGUUCGUCAAAGCUACCCAGGGUCAGCUCAGUGCAUUUUAGUACCAGAUACCGGAAGCUACCGUCACGCAAGAACAUGUGCCUGAUGUUGGCACCUUCUUUGACUCUUCAGUGUAUCCGCCCAGAUUUAGUUUUCAGAGCCCCAGAAAAUACUCAGAAUAAUGUUUGGGAAUCGUACUACAUUGCCCUAGUGCUUCCUGCUCCCUGUUUACUGAGAUUAACCCCGAAGUUUGGCUCAUUAGUGGACUUCCCUGCUCUAGCAACAUGUAAAACGAAGUGUUUACUCUAUAAUGGCAAUGCUGAAAAACGUUGCAGUUUGCAGAUAUAUGAGUGUGUCCUGGCAAGGGGCGUGUCAGGGGGCGUGGCUAAGGACAGGAACGAGAGGAUCAAAUGGCUCUGGGAAGCGGACGCGAGUGAGGUCAUGCUUGCCGUUGGACACAGCCAUGGCUGCAGGUUCUCAUCGGGUAUUUAUACUCUGAACACACUGAAGCCUCUGCGCCCUGAGCAAGUGGAGAAGGCGCUGGGCCAUCUGCGGAGACAGAUUCAAGCUCUCCGCGCCGUCAUGAAAGUCAGAGAGGGAAAGUUCUGGAUCUGUGAAAGCGACCAAGAACAAAUUGACUUCAAGGUGUUGGAGGGAGGAGACCUCAUGCAGGAGAUGCGGCGCCUCACCAACACGCCCAUGGGCUACGACCAGGCCCCUCUCUGGCUUACUGUAUUCAUGCCAGGUAACGGCAUUGACGCCAAGGAUGCCAGAAGGCCUUCCCACCUGAAGGAGGUCCGGGAGAAGUUCCCUCAUCAGAGCUAUCUCUCCAUCUCCGCCCACCACUCCUUCGUUGGUGGUCCAACGAUGCCCCUGAUCACCCAGAGGCUCGUGGAGCUCCUGAAUGACGUGAUCGCAGGCCGCCUCGACGACUCGCGGCAGAUCGGAGAGCUGGUGCCGUCGACGGAGAUCGACGCGGCGAAGCGCAGGAUCCGGGAGGAGUUGGAGAGGGAGCCGGGACGUCUGGAGGCCAUGAGGGAGGAGAUGGUGGCCUGCGACUCCGAGCCGAUCCUACUGAAGGCGUUUCCAAGGCCUGGGGGCGUCCCCUCCUCCGGCCACGUCUUCAGGGACGUUAGACCGGCACUCCUUCUGAAGUUCACUGCCAAGUGCAAGUCCGAGGGCGUGACGUUCAACAGCGGCCUGCAGGCGGCCAUCAACACGGCACUGGUGGAGACUGUGAUAGAGGCCGGCCUGCAGCAGGACGCCUUCAGCCUCAGCAUCAACCUCGCCACCGACGUCCGCCGCUACAUGAGCAGGAACCCCCUGGAGGUGCUUGGCCUGCACGUGCGCCCUACUGUAUACCGCGUGGUCACACCUGCACGUGUGCGCGACCACUUCUGGCACUAUUGCAGGGCCAUGCACGGGUCCCUGGCGGGUCUGAUCCGCUCCGGCCUGGCCCUGCAGCAGGAGGUGGUGCGAGAGAUGACACAGCCGCCCAUUGACCCGCAUCGCUACUUUGCAACGCCCCCGCCUGUGCUCAGGGACUACGGCCUCGCCAAUGUGGGCGACCUGACUACGUUGAUAAGGGGACAGGGCGAACACCUUCAGCUGACGGACAUCCUCAUGGCUUCAUCUGCUCACCGUUUCCUCUUCAUGAUGCUUCAUCAGAUCUACACAUUCCGCGGUCACUGUCCCUACUCUGUCAGCUAUGACACGUCCUACAUGACUCACGAUACAGCCAGUUUGAUUGCAGACAAAGUGUUAGCAACAAUCGCGGACGUUUGCAAAUAACUGG